AUGCACCCCUUGAGUCGUCGUCGCCUCGUGUACUCCCUAGGCCCACUGUUCUCUACCCUCUCACGUCUGAGCCUACGCAUUUCCCGUCCACUCGCCUUCUCCUGCCAUUCGAACACUGGUGCGACGCGCUCUCCCUCCCUCUCUUCUCACCUCCGCAUCACAAGACCUACGCGAAACGAGAUGGAGGGUGACCUUGCUGCGAUCACUCUAGACGGUAUGACAAUCGCGCAUCAUCUCUCUCCUGCUUUGCGCGUGCAAACAACGUCGGGCCCUCCCUCACCCGUUCUGAGCUGCCAACGCGAUCUCUGGUCCAACGGCGCUGCCGCUUGA